GUUGUAAUUGAAAGAGCCGCGAGAGAAAGAGAGGUAUGUAUUUUUCCAUGUCUCUGAUUCACUAUCUCGUUGAUCCAAUUAGUUUAUUGAGUUUAUGGGUUUUGUAGAAACUACAUUGAGAGAGGAAGAACAUAGGAGCUAUGCCUCUGAUACAGAAGCUUCGUUAAAGACAUUCUAGCUACAUUGGUUAGUCUUUUUCCUUUACUCUAAUUUGGUUUCAGAUAGAGAUAUAGCUAUGGGGCGUUUGUGUUCAAUGGUAGCUAUUGUGUUCAAUGGUAGAGAUAAAGCUUCUCACAUGAACUUAAUCUAAUUUAACAAUCUUUUUAAUUCUUCUUCAAUUCGUAUGAUGAUCUACUUAAUCUUUGAAGGGAGUAGAUAUAUAAAUGGAGCAGCAAGAAACGGAUCAAACUUCAUCAAAGUGGAUCAAACAUCAUCAAAGCAUCUCUGUUUCAUUUUCUUCUCUCAGAGGUUAGUAGACAAUCCUUUUAAUGCGUGUUAGACAUAGAUUAGAUUGGAAUUAAAUGGACUUUAGUAACAUGUACUUGCUAGUUGCGAGAAGGCUUUACAAUAAAUUUCUUGGUCGCUUUGAUGAGUUUAGGUAGAUUCAUUGACUUUGUUGGUUGUUUUAGUUUUAGGUAGAUAUAUUGAAUGCCAUUAACACAUAACACCUACUAAACUCUCCUUAAAUUUGGUUUUAAAACCGAGCAACUCUCUCUUUCUCAUUUCAUAUCACCUUCUCCUUUGAUAUUUCCUUUCAUAAAAUAGAACAAGCUCUCCUUCUCCUUUUUUUAAUUCCUUCUCCUGUGCUAUGGAUCCAUUUAGUCAUCCUUGUAGCUUUCAAAACCUCUUAAACAGUCAACAACCCAACACCUCCUUCUCUGUUGUCAGUCGUGAACCUUCAAUAGAACUCUCUGCCUCCGAUGCGUCUGUAUUUGGUACACAAUCGCCUGAAGAUGCAAACAAAGAUGCAACCUUUGUGUCUGACCGUAAAGAAAGACGGAAAUGGUCACCAAUUGAAGAUGUUGUGCUUAUAAGUGCUUGGCUUAACACGUCGAAAGAUUCGGUGACAGGAAAUGAGCAAAAAGCAAUUGUGUUUUGGAAACGGAUUACGGCUUAUUUUGCAUCAAGUCCUAAGCUUGCGGGUUUGCCAAAGAGAGAGCCAAGUCACUGUAAACAAAGGUGGGGGGAGAUUAAUGAGGGUGUAUGUAAGUUUGUUGGCUGUUAUGAUGCGGCAAUGAAACAGAAAUCUAGUGGGCAGAGUGAGAAUGAUGUCUUGAUAGUGGCUCAUGAAAUCUUCUUCAAUGAAUACAAGGUAAAAUUUACACUCGAGCAUGCAUGGUUGGAGCUUCGCCAUGAUCAGAAGUGGUGUGGAGCUUCUUCAACUAGAGAUAAGGUUAGCUCGAAAAGAAUAAAUUUAGAUGAUAGCUCGGCACAGUCAUCAACGUUUGUGGCAGGAGAGGAUAAAGCUAUGGCUCGUCCUGUUGGUGUGAAAGCAGCAAAUGCGAAAGGUAGAAGCAAGGCAACGGCUUUUGGAGAAGAAGUGAAGCCGCUAGUGGAGUUUCAGAGCAUGUGGGAGAUAAGGCAAAAGGACUUUGCCUUGAAGGAGCAGCUUAACAAGCAAAAAUUGCUUGACAGCUUGAUUGCCAAGACAGAGCCACUUAGUGAGCUUGAAAUCGCCUUGAAAAAUAAACUAAUAACUGACAUGUUGUCAAGUUAGAAUGGCUAGUUUGGUUUGUGCUUAAUGUCGAGUUGUUUGUUUGGCUUCUCGGGUCUUUAUGCUUAAUGUCGAGUCUAGUUUGGUUUGUGCUUAAUGUCGAGUUGUUUGUUUGGCUUCUCGGGUCUUUAUGCUUGUUCUUAUCUUGGUCUCUUUGUUUUCUUUGUUGUCUUUGUUUCGGUUACGUUUAAUGUAAUGCUUAAUGUAAUUCUUAAUGCUUAAUGCUUAAUGUCUUAAUGUAAUGCUUAAUGCUUAAUGUCUUGUUGCUGUUAUGUGUUUCUCCUGUUGGUCUGUGGUGGUCUGAUGUAUCCUUUGUCUCUUUGUUUUUAUUGCAGGUGGUCUGGUAUGUCUUUCUCGUGAUGGCCAACAUGUGACAGAAGAAGACAGUAUUUACAAUGUAAUAACUUGUUGUAUUUUUUUGUUCAAGCUUUAUGAGUUGUAUCUCGUGUGUUGACAGUAACCUUGUGACAUAAAAAGAUAAUAUGUAUCAGGUUUUAUGUUUUAUAGCUUGUGACAUAAGAAGACAAUAUGUUUCAUGUUUUAUAGGUUCUUUAUAAAUUGUACCAACACGAGAGAUAGCAACACUAAGCAAUAUCUUCUUUCUUAUCAACCUCCAAAUAAACAACAACAACAACUCGAGAGAGAGAGAGCAAGAGUUUCUUUCUUAUUUUCCACAAUCUCACAUUGUUGCUUCUUUCUUAUCAAUCAUACUUGUUUCUUAUUUUUCUCCAAAUAAUCAAAUCUUUCUUAACACUUUCUAAAUGGCAUCUUCUUCUUCUAAUAAUUUCGAGGAAAUAGAUGAAAAAUUCGAUCAAAUUUUUGAUCAACAAUUCGAAAAUCUCCUCAUUCAUAUUGAAGAUCGUCAAGAAGCAUCAAGGUCAAAAAAGAAACGAGCCUACAUUGAGAGACAACGAGAACAAGGACACAUGCAGUUAUGGAACUAUUAUUUUAGUGAAGAUGCAACAUAUCCUUCUCACAUGUUUCGACGCCGUUUUCGAAUGAAUAAGCCCUUGUUCAUGCGUAUUGUUGAUCGAAUCUCUGCUGAAAUCCCAUACUUUCAACAAAGAAGAGAUGCUACUGGAAGGUUCGGUCACUCUGCGUUACAAAAGGCAACGGCAUCAAUUCGUAUGAUGGCAUAUGGUUGCCCAGCUGAUGCGGUAGACGAAUACCUCCGACUUGGUGAGACCACCGCACUUUUAUGCUUGGAACAUUUUGUUCAAGGAAUCAUAAAUUUAUUUGGAGAUGAGUAUCUAAGAAGACCCACGCCAGAAGAUCUUCAACAACUACUCGAUAUUGGAGAGAUACACGGAUUUCCUGGGAUGAUAGAAAGCAUUGAUUAUAUGCAUUGGGAGUGGAAGAAUUAUCCGACCGCAUGGAAAGGUAAAUAUACACGUGGAUCAGGAAAGCCAACCAUUGUUUUAGAGGCUGUAACUUCACAAGAUCUCUGGAUAUGGCAUGCGUUUUUCGGACCUCCAGGUACAUUAAACGAUAUCAAUAUUCUUGAUCGAUCACCGGUUUUUGAUGAUAUAUUACAAGGUCGAGCUCCAAAAGUUAAUUACAUUGUCAACGGACACGAGUACCAUUUGGCUUACUAUCUCACAUAUGGUAUUUAUCCAAAAUAGGCUACUUUUGUCCAAUCUAUUCCACUUCCGCAAGGUCUGAAAGCAUCCUUAUUCGUUACACAUCAAGAAGCUGUACGUAAAGAUGUCGAGCGUUCUUUUGGGGUCUUGCAAGCUCGAUUUGCCAUAGUCAAAAAUCCAGCUCUUUUGUGGGAUAAAAUAAAAAUUGGAAAUAUAAUGAGAGCAUGUAUCAUUCUACAUAAUAUGAUCGUAGAAGACGAACGAGAUGGGUACAUUCAGUUUGAUGUUUCAGUUUUCGCACAACCGGAAUCAAACCAAAGUUCACAAGUGGAUUUCACGUAUUCUACAGAUAUGCCUUCAAAUCUCGGCAAUAUGAUGCGCAUUCGGAAUCGAGUUCGUGAUAAAACAAUACAUCAACAAUUGAAAGCUGAUUUGGUUGAGAAUAUAUAGCAAAAAUUUGGAACAAAUCAAGAUUUCAACUAAUCGGCUUUUUCUCGUUUAUGAUUUGUAUUUGUAUUUUUAAUAUGCUUUUAUGUCAUUUUUAUUAAAAAAAAUUGUAUGCUUUUAUUUUAAAUCAUUCUACUUAAAAAAAUAAAAAAAAAAUAUUUAAGAACCCAUACGAGGUUCUCCCAUUGGAAGAGGAAAAAAAUAUUUGCACUAACAAAGGUUCUUAACUUCUCAAAUCACCUUAUUAACUACUAAUUUAAUCAUAAGAGUCCAUUGGAAGUUCUAAUGGAUGGACUUGCUCUAAUGAGAAGUUGACAACUGUCACAAAAUGAUAUUAUCUUCUUGAUGAUGUGGCAUGAAAAGAGAGAUAACUCUCCUUUAUUAUUAUAGACUAGGAUCGGUCCGGACUACGCCGCUCUCCUUUAUUAUUAUAGACUAGGAUCGGUCCGGACUACGCCGGGGUUUUUGUUUAAAUUUUAGUUUUGUAUUAUAUAUUUUAUAUGUUAAUUUUGAUAUAUAAAUAUUAUAAUCUAUUAUAAAAAUAUAAGUAUUUAGACAAUUAUAAACAAGCAGGAUUCAAUUAUUUUAUAUAUUUUUAUUUUCUUUAUAUUUUGUUCAAUUUUGUUUCUCAAACUAUUAUUUUUGGAAAUUUGUUUUGAUCAUCUAUUAGCUUUUAGUUGUUGUUUUGCGUUAAUACCUUGUUAAUUUCACUUAACUGAAAAUUAUUUAUUUAAAGAAAAAAAACCAAUGGGAUUCACUUCUUUGAUAUAUAGUUUUUAAUAUUGGUUUGAUAAAACAUUUAAAAUCAACUCAGCGAUUCCGAUAUUUUUUGUUAUUACGAAUUUUCUCAUGUUAAUUAUCUCUUUGAAUUUUUUGAACAAAAAAAGCAGUGAGUAAUUUUGUUAUACGGCAUUAGCUUCACGAUUCUAAUCAAAUCACUGAAAUUAUAGAUUACACACUUUAUUACGAAAGAAACGGAUGCAUGGAUAAAAAUUAAGUGAAUAACAAAGUUGAUCUUAUACGGCAAUAUAUUGAUCUCAACCAUAGCACUGACACAUUGAGAUGCCAUAGUUUCUUCUUUACCACUUUGUGUCAUCCUUUUAAAUCCCUGAACACAAAAAAAAACAUCAACUUACAAUAAGCUACAUGAGCUGCAACGAAGCGCAAAUAACACCAUUAAUUAUUCCACUGAAUCAAACUUAGAAUUGACUCAUCAAAUACCAAUAGAAAACUCAACUCUUUGUUUGAAUCUAUUGAAGAAAGUCAGAAUCUUUUGGCAAAAGACGAACCUGUUAUCAAGCUGGUCACCUAUAUCAAAUUCAAGAGGAAAAAAAAAAGAUUCUUUGACUACCCCUAGCUUGAGUGGAAUCUAAACGAAGCUGACAAAGAUGUGAUCAUCAAUAAACUUUGAGAACGAUACGUAGCUGCAAAAUUCAGUGAAAGGCCAAUAUAGUGCUUUACUUUUCUGUGACUCGUUGAUAUUGUCCUAGAAAAUGAACAGCAAUCGAAGGGGAAGCAUAAAGGAGAUUAUCAAAGGGAGAAGAAUUAAAAAAAAACAAUAAAAGAACAAACUGAAACAAAAUCAACCACCAAAAUCGAAAUCUAAAUCAUCUCCCAUAACGAAGCUUUUGAAUUAAAAAAAUUGAUAAUCAAUACAUGAAUAAAUUUAACAGAAUCCACAAACAAAAUCAAAAACGAAAUCAUCUCCCAUAAACUAAAGCUUUUGAAAAAGUUUGAUCAUUAUGAGUUUCAAAACCAAUAUAUCAAGCGAAAAGAACUUAUAAAAUUCAGAGGAUAAAUUUAAA